AUGGAAGGAGUAGGAGAGGUUUUUCUAGGUGCUGCAGUUUCGGAGCUGGUCGGUUUCGUUAAAAAGGCGAUCAAGAAACAUACAGAUUGUCCAGCCUUGCUCAGAAAGCUGGAUACUACCCUAGGGUCUUUACAGCCAUUGAUACAAGAGAUGGAGAAGCUAAACAGGUACUUGGGUCGCCCGAAGGAAGAAAUAGAGAGUCUGGAAAGACAAGUUCACGAGGGUAUAACGUGCGUUCGCCACAUCUACAAGUCGAAGAGGGGCAAGUACAUAUGGAGCGUUCCUCAUCAACACAAACUUUCUGAAUUAGAUGCGUCUCUCAAAGGACUCUAUGAAAAACUGGGGGCUCAGACAGCAAGGAAUGGGAUGGAGACCUUGCUUUGCACAAGGAUGAUCUUUGUUUUGUUGCUGGUCAUGGCUCUUGGUGCUUUAUUGUUGCUUUGGAGCAACGGGCUCAUUAGGCUUCGUUCAAAGAAGUCUCCAAAGUUGCUAGGUUUGAAAAUCACAGAGAAGUUACCCCUUGCCGCUAUGAAGAUGGACAAAGCGAUAACCAAUCCAGUGCGUAAUGCAGAGCGAAAAUGGUUUGUAUCUGUGGUUGCCGGUGGUUUGUGGUUCCUCUACAAAUUCUGCCAGGAGGGACUUUUAUGUUUGCUAAACUUGCUUGGGGCGUUGUUGUGGGCAUGUGUUUUUUUCGGCCUGGCACUUUUAACAAUUAAUCUGAUUCUCCAUAUAUGUCUGAACAUAAAGUCGAGUUGGGAGUGGGUGAAGGCACAAUCCAAGAGGCAUAUUAAGGCAUUGUCCAAGGAUUGGUAG